GAGACCGAACAGAGAGUAGAGAAACGACACUCUCAGACUGGACUUAUUUUCUGUUGUUGGAUUAUUUCUCUCAAAUCAGGGUCUUCAUGUGUUCUCAUUUCUGUAUCAAAGUAUUUGAGGGUGAGAGCUUCUGUGUGAAGUGUGAAUGCGAUUGUAACCGCUUGUAGACAUGGAUUCAUCCUUUGUUGUGACUCUUCCGCUGGCCCUUCUCCUCUCUUUGCAUCUACACUGCCACUUCCUUGUUUGGGCCGCAAUGGACUCCUGCUAUGAUGAGGAGGGUAUCCCGAGCCGUUGCAUGCCCAAGUUUGAAAACCUUGCCUUCAAUCACACUGUGGAGGUAUCAAAUGUGUGUGGUUCCCCACCUGAGGACUACUGCAUGCAGACUGGUUCAACGCGGUCCUGCCACUACUGUAACGCAUCAGACCCAGACCUGAGCCACAAUGCCAGCCUCUUGACAGACUUCCACAGGAAUGAGGAGCUUACAUGGUGGCAGAGCCAGUCCAUGUACUAUGGUAUCCAGCACCCCACUUCCGUCAACCUCACCCUCCAUCUGGGGAAGGCCUUUGAGAUAACCUAUGUACGAUUGAAAUUCUACACCAGUCGGCCGGAGAGCUUCGCCAUCUACAAGCGCACGGAGGACGACGGGCCCUGGUUGCCUUACCAAUAUUAUAGUGCGUCUUGUAGGAAAACCUAUGGGAAGGAUGCUAAGGCCUACAUUCGCCCAGGAGAUGAUGAGAGGACUGCUUUAUGUACGGAUGAAUUCAGUGAUAUCUCACCCCUCAGUGGAGGAAACGUGGCUUUCUCCACCCUGGAGGGACGGCCCAGUGCAUACAACUUUGACCAAAGCGUGGUUUUGCAGGAAUGGGUGACAGCCACUGAACUGCUCAUCUCUUUGGACAGGCUUAACACCUUUGGAGACGAGUUCUUCAAGGAUGCUAAAGUGUUGCGCUCGUACUUCUAUGCCAUCUCUGAUUUCUCUGUGGGCGGCAGAUGUAAGUGUAACGGUCACGCCAGCGAGUGUGUUGAGGGGCAACAUGGUGGCCUGGUCUGUUCCUGCCAACAUCACACAGUGGGAGUUGACUGCCAGAGAUGUCACCCCUUUUACCAGGACAGACCCUGGGCCAGGGCCACUGGGGACUCCGCCAACGAAUGUCUGAAGUGUAACUGCAGUGGGAGAUCAGACGAGUGCGUGUUUGACAUGGAGCAGUAUCGCAGCACUGGCAGUGGGGGGCGCUGUGUGAGCUGCAGAGACAACACUGAUGGGCCCCACUGUGAGCGCUGCAGAGAGAACCACUACAGGAAAUCUCCUGAAGAACGCUGCCUUCCCUGCAACUGCAAUAUCAAUGGCUCAGUGAGCCUGCAGUGUGAUGUAGAAGGAAGGUGUGCGUGCCGAGUUGGCGUGACAGGGGAGAAGUGUGACACGUGUCGAGCUGGCUUCCACUCGCUUGGUCCUGGUGGUUGCAGGCCGUGUGACUGCGACCCCAGCGGGAGUGUGGACGACUGCUCUCCUCUGGAUGGACGUUGUCUCUGCAAGCCAAACGUGGAGGGACAGAGCUGUAACAGAUGCAAGCCAGGCUUUUUCAACCUACAACAAGUAAAUCCAGCAGGCUGUCAGCCUUGUUUCUGCUUUGGCCACUCCCUGGCCUGUUCUUCAUCCAGUCACUACGCUGCUGUCAACGUCACUUCCGACUUUAUUGAAGAUCAGGAUGGCUGGGUGGGAGAGUUCACUGGAGGACAGGAGUACCCCCUGCUGUGGAAGGAAGGUGAAGUCUACCUGCUGCCUCUCAGUGAGGACGACAUUGGCUUCUACAAAGCUCCUGAGAAAUUCCUGGGUCACCAAGCCUACAGCUACGGCCAGCUCCUCUCCAUCACCUUCACCUCUGAGACCCCCGAGCUGCUCCCCGACCACGUCACCUUGCUCCUCCAAGGCUCUGGAAUCUCCCUGUCUGCUGACCUUUCACCACAACCAGUGCUUGACCAUGACCCCGGCCUCGCACCGCGGCACUCCUUCAUUCUCAGACUCCAUGAAAAUGAGGUGAGAUUUAAACCUGCGUUGUCUGCCUUUGACUUCCAGCGUCUCCUUUACAACGUGACAGCUAUCAGAAUCAGCAACGCUGGAGGACACAACUACACAUCGCAGCUCGCAGGUGUAACCCUGACCUCAGCUUUAAUCUCCUCUGGUCCAGUCAGCCCUCCUGCUCCUUGGGUGGAAUCUUGUUCCUGUCCCCCAGGCUUCGCAGGCCAGUUUUGUGAGCGGUGCAUCCCAGGAUACACCAGGGAAGUCCCUGGCAGAGGGCCUCUCUCGACAUGCGUGCCAUGCAACUGCCACCAGCACGGAACCUGCCAUCCAGAGACAGGUGUGUGUGAGUGCUCAGACUUCACUGCUGGGAUGACCUGUGAACACUGCCUGGAUGGUUACUAUGGUAACGCCUUGAUUGGCACGCCUGGUGAUUGUCAGCCUUGCCCUUGCCCGGACGGUACCAGCUGUGCCCAAAUGGCAGAGACAGGACAGGUGGUCUGUACCAACUGCCCUCUAGGACAGACAGGGAUGCGCUGUCAGAUGUGUGAAGAUGGUUACUAUGGUGACCCUCUGGGACAUUUUGGGGCAGUUCGACCGUGUGUGAGAUGCGACUGCAACGGCAACAUGGACUUCAACGCAGUGGGAAUAUGUGACCGUGUCACUGGGCGAUGUCUGAAAUGCCUGGGACACACAGAGGGCGACCACUGCCAACGCUGCCAGCAAGGUUUCUACGGCGAUGCCAUGAACCAGACAGCGGCCCAGAAGUGCAAGCCCUGCAGCUGCAAUCCAGCUGGAACCUCAGGGCAUGUAACUGAAUGCCACCCGCAGACAGGAAAUUGCCAGUGCCUCAGUCAUGUGACCGGGCGGGACUGCAGUUAUUGUGAAGUUGGCUUCUUCAACCUCCAACCAGGUGCAGGAUGUGAAAGGUGCAAGUGUAAUCCAAUCGGUUCAUCGUCCGUCGCGUGUCAUCCAGUCACAGGACAGUGUGUGUGUCGUACAGGAGUGGAGGGGAGACUGUGUGAUUUUUGCCGUGCAGGCUUCUUUGGAUUCUCGUCACAGGGUUGCAGAGCUUGUAACUGUGACCCCAUGGGCUCCGUUUCCAUGCAGUGUCAUAGUAACGGCACCUGCCUCUGUCGCCAGGGCUUCGUUGGUUACAAGUGUGACAAAUGUGAAGUGAACUAUUUCCACAACAGAGCCACACACCAGUGUGAGGAAUGCCCAGUUUGCUAUGGCCUUGUCAAGAAACAGGCAGAAAAGCUGAGGACUCGCCUGCAGGAUUUGGAGAAGCUCCUGGCUCACUUUGAUUGCCGAGGUAGAUUUGGGAAGCAGCACCACCUGCUGAAGUAUCACAUGGCCAGGGUUUAUGAGCAUGAGCACCAGAGGGAGGAUACUCUACCCAAUGCUCUGGAGGAUUUUCUGGCCUUCCAAGAGGCGCGAGAGGCCUUCAUAAAACAAUUCUCCUUGCUGGAAGCUUCUACAGGCACGCUCUUAGCCCAGCUGCAUGGCAUUACAUCUACUUUGAACUGCAGCAUCAGCAUGACAGAGGAAGAGGGGAAGGAGAGGGGGAAGGAUGAAGGGAGCAGGGCUGUGUGUCAAACCUUCACAGACACUGUGUUCAUGAUCAGAGCAUCUCAGAAACAGCUAAAGCAGGCAACACUGGACCUGGACAACAUGAUCAUUCCUUUUGAGAUGGUGUCAGGACCUAACAAAUGGAACAUUAUGGUCAAUGACUCACAGGUCCUAAUGGAAAGUCACAGGGAAACAGCGGACCACAUUGAGGCCGUAGCCAGCAGGGCGGUAAGAGCCUCAAAGCAGACCUUUGCGUUCCUGAUGGAUCUACUGCAGGACAACUCCACAGAGGAGUACAUCAGCAACCUAACAAAGCAAAUAACACAAAUGCAGCAGCAGAAGAAGAAUCUGACCGCACAGGUGAAUGAUACUGUAGCCAAACAGCAGUCCCUGGAGGAGGAAGUUACUGGUUUAAAGCUUGCCCUGGGUAACAUCACAUCAUCCUUACAUCAGCUGGCUCUGAGAGAUGCCAGCCCAUCACCAGAGCCUGACCAAACACAGCUCAACCAAACGCAUCCAACCAACCAUUCAACAGAGUGGGGUGAUGAGCUUCUAAGACAGACAAGAGAGCUGGAGCAGCAAAUUCAGACCAAAGAUGAUCUCAUCAGUAAGAUCGGAGACAGGAUGGAUCCUCUUAAAAAGACUGCCAAUAAGAACCUGGAGAUGGUGGAUGGCAUCACUGAGCUUCAAGCUCACACUCAAGGGGCAAAGGUCAUGGCUUUGUCGUCCGUGGUGUCAGGGAAAGAGGUGGAAUCAGAAGCCAUUGCCCUUCACAGAGAACUAGGAAACAUGGUGAGGGAGUGGCCCCGUCGGCAGGCCCAGACCAAGGCCGCAAUGAAAAAGGAGAAACCCCUGGAGGAAAAGGUCCUAGCUGAUGUCAGGAAAAGAGUAUCACAGAUUGAGAAGAUGCUAAAACCAGCUCUGGAAAACUCCACCCUCUCCAGCAACACCACAAAGGAACUGGAACAAACAGCACAUUCUCUAGCAAAGGAAUCCAAGGCUGUUCUGACCCAGGCCAAGCACACCAGGACUGCAUCUGCUCACCUCAGCUCCCAUGUAGACUCUGCUUUACAACAGCUGGCUGAACAUGAGCUGCUAACUGACACAGCAAACUCCCACAUCACCUCAGAGCCCGAGGUGUCCCUGACCAACAUAAAGGAAGACAUGGAGGCAGCCAAGCUCCAGUUGGAGGCUUAUUCUGUCACACUAACUGACCUAAUCAGUAAGAUUGAUGAGAACGUGCCGCUGGAGCGAUUUGAUCGGAUCUUGAACGAGACCGCGCGUCGUCUGAGCAUGCUCCGUGGGAGUGUGGAGAGCCCGACGCUGGGCUCCAAGAUCCAGAAGCUGCAGUCAGCUGCUAAGGAGCAGCAGAGCCGGCUGUCCCUCAUUGAACAGGACUUACAGGAGAUCAUGGAGGAGAGAGACAGUCUCAGGGACAUUACCUUAAACUUGCCUCAGUCCUGCCCCCAGGCCACGGGAACAGGCAAGGGCUAGACACUGUAGAUGACUGGGAUUUAGUCAUUGAUAAAACAGCUGAACAUCAGAAAAAUCUAGGAGGAUUUUGUUAAUAAAGUGGUCUGUGGUCAUUUUUUAUUCAACUUCAAAAAUGUCAUUGAUAUACUUUUAUAUUCUUCCCUUUUUACACCUUUUGCCCAAAGGUACAAUUUACCACCACAGUGCACUGACAGGCACACAUUACCGCCAAAAGCCGCAGUCUUCUACUGUCUCCCAUGAUUUAUACCUGGUCUUCCUCCUGCUUUUUUUUUUUCUUAAUUUUUUUCUCCCACUUUCUUUUCACCAACAACAUCCAAACUUUAAUUUCACCAUGAAUAAUAACCAACCGUUCUGAACUGCUGGAGUGCACUGUCAAGUUUAAAAUAAUGCUGAUUUUCCUUUGUGGGGGUAAAAGGUGUGUCUGAGUGCUCCUCCAGACUGACACAUUCAUUUACACUUGAGCUCUUUUUCAUCAGCCUGGCUUAAUUAACAAUUAGUCCUCUUGGCCUCAGUGGGGUUCAGGUCAGGCUUCAACAGCACACAACCUGUGUUCAGGAUUCCUACAGUGCCUACCUCUCUUGUUUUGGAGUUUCUCCAUUUUUCUGUCUCUGUCGCUAUCAAAUGCUCCAACAUCGCAUGUCUUGGGGUCACGGUUGCUCACACUGUCUGAAUCCAGGUGACCAAAAUAUAAAAGCUAAUCCUCAUGGUAUUGAUAAUGUUUUAUUGACAAGACUUGGGAGGUGAUGAUAUACCAAAAUUAUGUAAGAGACAUAUUUUUCUACCAGUUACACAUCUACAUCUACUUAUAGUACUUAUAGUCAUAUUUGGAGUAUAUAAGGCCUUCACAUAGAAACCAUUACACCAUGAAGUAUACUUGAAAGGGCCAUUUUUCAUACCGCAAUGUAAUUUUUUAUGGGAGGGAUACUAUUGUAUGGCAGCAUAAUUGUGCUGGAGCUACUCACAGCUGAUAAAAAGCUUAAAACUGUAGCUGGUGCUUCAUGGAACACAUGGAAAACAAAAACAAUAAAAUACGUAAUCAGUCCUCAGAAAACAUGUUUGUCGUUUGUGAAUUUUGCCAAAUUGACAUUGUCAGCGUGGCAUCAGAGUUUGAAUUUGCGUCUGUUGUCACUCAUCUUGUCAUCUUUGCCAAAUGCCAAAUUAGUGCAAGUCAGUCUUUGUACAUAUACAGUACUGGGAAACUGAACUAGUCU